UUUCGUAUAAUUUGCAUAUACAUAGUGAAAAAGAAAUACUAAGCAAAAUAAUGUUGCUCCGAGAAUGUUGCAGAAUACAGCCAGUUGUACAUCUGUAAUCAUCUAAAAUAUAAAAUAUUGAAAGAUUAAUUUACCGAUUUAUAUUUUUAAUUUCUAAUAAAGAAAAUAUUUAAAAUUAAAUAAAAAUAUUACAUAGAAAAAUCUUAUAAAAAAUUAUUUAAUAAUUUAAUUAAUUAUGAAAUAUAAUUACCUUACAGAAUUAUUUUAUAAUACACAGUUCAGUAUGUUUGAAUGACAUACGUGGUCUGACACGUUAUACACUAACUUCACAACAAUUUGUUAUGAAACAAUUUUUAGUCGUUCAUACAACUUUUUUUAAGUUAUAAAAUAGUAAAAAAUUGCAGAAUAUUAAAAAAUUAUAAAAUGUAUGAUAUUCUAUAUGGAAUUAAUAAAAAAGUUAAAUUUUAUAUGUUUUAAAUUAAUAAUUUACUAGUGAAAGAUAAAUAUAACUAGUAAUGUAAUAUACAGUAUAAUACAUUAAAUAUGUAUAUUUUUUACAAUUUUUAUUAAAAUAAAUUUAUAAUAUUAUGAUGUAUUAUUAUAUUUUAUUAAUAUAAAAAAUAAAUACAAUAAAUCUUUAAAUACAUCAUAUUUUUAAAUACAACAAUAUAUAUAUUAAGAUUUAAUAUUACUUUACUAUAGCUAGUGACAAUGUGCUUAGUACCGGUUUAUUGAAAUGCAUUCAAAUAAUAUAUUGAAAAUACAAACUUUAACAAAUAAAAAUUAAGUUUUUCUAUUAAUUUAAUAUUGAUAAUUUUGUUUAAAAAUUUCAAAUACAUAUUUUAUUUAUAUAAUUAUAAUGAUCAUAAAGAAUGUUAGUAAAGAAUGUUAGUUGAAUUCUACAGUGUUUUUCCUCGUUUCUAAUGAUAUAAAUGUAUAAAGUAAAUGUAUAAAAAAAAAAUAAAUGAUUUUAACAAUGAUGUUUGAUUUAUAUAUUAAAUUAUAAAAAUUUAAUUUUAUGAUUUUUUCAUAUUUGGCUGAUUUUAUAAAAAAAUUUAUUAAUUAUAUUUCCUAACCUUUAUUUAUAUUGAUAAUAAUUGCAUAUAAUAAUCUAUAUAUCGAAGUUUAUUUUGUAUUUUGUAAAUAAAUAAAUAAUUAAAGAUGUUUGAAGCACAUAGUAUUAAUGCUGAACAUAAAGAUUUGAUUCAUGAUAUUGCUUAUGACUUUUAUGGACAAAGAAUGGCAACAUGUUCUAGUGAUCAAUUUGUAAAAGUCUGGGAUGAAGAUGAACAUGGAAAUUGGCAUUUAACUGCAUCUUGGAAAGCACACAGUGGAUCUGUAUUUAAAGUAACAUGGGCACAUCCAGAAUUUGGUCAAGUUUUAGCAACAUGUUCUUUUGAUAGGACAGCCGCUGUAUGGGAAGAGAUAGUUGGAGAAGGAUCAGGACCAGGAGAACGUGGUAUGAGACAUUGGGUUCGAAGAACAAAUCUAGUAGAUUCUAGAAAGACUGUUACAGAUGUAAAAUUUGCACCUAAAACUUUAGGACUUUUGUUAGCUACUUGUAGUGAAGAUGGAGUAAUUAGAAUAUAUGAAGCUCCUGAUGUUAUGAAUUUAAGUCAAUGGACUCUACAACAUGACAUUAGUUGUAAACUUCAAUGUAGCUGUUUAUCAUGGAAUCCAUCUCUUUCAAGAUUACAUCCUCCAAUGAUAGCAGUUGGAAGUGAUGAUCCAAAUCCAUCAUCUGAAGGAAAAGUUUUUAUAUACGAAUAUUCUGAAAGUAGUAGAAGAUGGACAAAAACACAAACAUUAUCCAUUGUUGACCCUGUUCAUGAUAUUGCAUUUGCUCCAAAUUUGGGUAGAAGCUUUCACACAUUGGCUAUUGCAUCAAAUGAUGUACAAAUAAUUACAUUAAAACCUACAUUGGAUAGUGCACAAAGUGGUUCAUCACGUUUUGAAAUUAACAUAGCAGCACAGUUUUCUGAUCAUAAUCCUACUGUAUGGCGAGUGUGUUGGAAUAUUAUGGGAACUAUUUUAGCAAGUUCAGGAGAUGAUGGUUGUGUUCGAUUGUGGAAAGAUAAUUAUAUUAAUAAUUGGAAAUGCGUUGCUGUUUUGAAAGGUGAUGGCACCUCUGCUCAAAGUGCUGAAACUUCUAUAGCAGCAACACCACCUAAUCAUUCAACAGGAAUACAACAAACAUCUUCUACAACAAGGUACUACAAAUUGGGUUCCAUCAGUCAUCCAAACCAAGUGCCUUGGCAUUAGAGAAAAUGAUUUAUUUUUUAACAUACUUAAUAGUUUUAUUAUUUCAUAUAAUGUCAGAAAUUUUGGAAAAUAUUGGAUUUAUAUUUAUAUAAUAAAAAUAUUAAUUACUCUUAUUUUUGAACAAAUAUUUUGUAUUUUUAAUAAUCAAAUCAAUUUAUAUUAAUAUACUAAACAAUUAUAAUUUCAUAGCAUUGCAUAUUAUUUUAUUGUUUUAGUAAUUUGUAUUUUUUGGUUAAAUAAUAUAAUUAUAAAAUAAGUAUUCUACUAGAAUUGUUUAUGAUAUAAUCUAUCAUAUUAUUUAAUCAUUUAGUUAUUUGAUAAAAUGAUAAACUUAUUGUUUAUUUAUAUCUUAUUUAUAUUUUAAAGAAAUUUCUAUUUGAAAAAAGAGCGAUAUCUUACUAUUAGAAAUUAACAAAGAAUAUAUUAUUGAAGAGAUUAUUAAUCAAAAAUAUUUUAUAUCUCUUAAUAUAAAAAGAUUUAUUAAAUAAUAAAUUUUAGGUGUGUUAAUUAUUUAAAUCAUAUAUAUUUUUAUUCAGCGUUAAAAUUAUUGUAAAUAUUGAAUUAUUAUGUAUGUAUUUGAAAACAAAUUUGAAAAAUAUUUUACAAAAAGUAUAUAUUUCAUUCAAUUUGUAAUACAUUUUUUUCAUUAAUAAAUAAAUAUACAUUAUAA